AUGACUUCUGAACAUCAUAUCCAACUCGCUCUUCUUCUCUAUGGUUUCGUCGUUGUCGUGUUUCUGUUCCUACGAUAUCGUCUCCGUCCCUCUCACCCGCUUCCACCCUCACCACCUGGCUCCUUUCCGUUGAUUGGCCACAUGCUCAUCCUCCCCCACAAGGACGAAUGGAUCACCUAUCGUCAAUGGGGUGCAGACCUUGAUACAGGCAUUCUUUACAUGAACGUCCUUGGAAAGAAGUUCCUUGUCAUUAAUGACUUCGAAGUUGCAAAGCAAUUGCUAGACUGUCGCUCCUCUCGAUAUUCCGGGCGCCCAUCAUUUGUUAUGGCAAAUGAACUAAUGGGUUGGGACUGGCCAAUGCCCACCCUCUCCUGUAACCAGAAAUGGAAGAAUCAACGACGAAUGUUCGCUAAACAUCUCGGGCCGGCUUCCUUCCACCAACCUCGAAUCCUCGAGUUCGUGCGCGCCACUCUUCCCCGGUUGGUUCGAGAUCCAGAUGGACUCGAGAGUCAUUUCAAGCCGAUGGUAGCGGGAAUUAUCUUCUCGUUGGCCUACGGUAUCCAGACCGGAGAAGCAUCCGUCGACGCCAAUAUCAACCUCGCCCAAGACGCCCUCGAGUGUUUCUUGGAUGCUUCCAAUCCAGGCAAGCAUCUCGUCAACAUGAUUCCCGCUCUCAAGCACCUUCCCGAAUGGCUUCCCGGUUCUAGCCUCCAUCGCGUAGCCAGGCAGGGUCGGGAAACCAUGUACCGACUGCUACACGUUCCCUUUCGUCAAGCUCAGAAAGAAAUUGCGGAAGGAAUCGCACGCCCCUCGCUGGUUUCCAAAGUCUUGGAUGGAAUACAAGACGGAUCGACGUAUGGAGACCCUGCCGAAGAGACCAUCCAGACCUUGAAGGAGCUCGCGGCCGUACUAUUUUCAGCCGGCUUUGAUACGACAUAUGCAUCGAUCGCGCAUUUCUUCCGGGCGAUGGCGCAGUAUCCCGAUGUGCAGAGGAAGGUUCAAGAAGAGCUAAGCGCCGUGAUCGAGCCUGGGCGCUUACCUGGAUUCGCCGAUGAACCGCGUCUUCCUUACCUUGUAGCCACGAUAAAAGAAGUCACCAGAUGCUACCCUGUAUCAAGCACAGGCAUCCCGCACAUGUGCACAGAUGAUGACGUCUUUGAAGGAUACAUAAUCCCUAAACACACCGUUAUCCUUCCGAACUUGAGAAUGAUGAUGGCCGAUCCAAUUGCGUAUCCCGACCCGGAGCAGUUUCGCCCAGAGCGCUUUUUGCUUCCUUCCGGGCAGCUAAAUCCACACGUCCGAGAUCCCUACAGUAUUGCUUUUGGCUUUGGUAAAAGGCUAUCGAAUGGCACACUCAACGCUGUUCAUCACUGCAGCGACUGUAUUGUCGUUGUUCGAAAUGAAAAGCCAGAAAACUUCAAGGUCAUUACCGACGACCUCAAACAGAAAUCCGGAUCUGAAAGGCUGCAUCAUUUCGCGGCGCUGACGGCGAAACGAACUGAUCCCGUUCUAGUUUCCUUUUCCGUUCUACUCUGUAUGCGUUCUACUCUGGAUGAAUAA